CUCAGACCGCUCGAUGCUCGAGACUGGAGCGGCGCGCUUCUCAAUCAUCCACAAACAAACACACUGACAGGUGUGGCCAACCAGUGAAGGACAUUUAAAAGCCCAAAGGCCUCUCUAUGGUUCCUAGUCGCUCUCUGAUCAUGGGGAACGGUUCGAUCAAAGCCCCUCGGCUGGAGGAGACCUGCCUGGCCUCCGGUAUAAAAGAGGCCCCUGUCUGGGAGUCCGUGGAGCCCCUGAAGAUGAGGAUCGCCCAUCUGGAGGAGGAGCUGGUGCGGAGGGACCAGGAGCUCCGCGCUCAGGAGAAGCGCUUGCAAAGCCUUCAGAGGGAACUGGAGGCAAAAGUGUGCCAGAUCGACAAGCUCCAGGACGCCAUCGGGUAUAACAGUCUCGGGCGCUCGCCGCCGGCGCCUCCGAGGCACAGCCGCAGACUGCUGAGCGUCAUCAACCAGGGCUCCACGCGCUUCCACAGGGUGGCUGUGGAGGUGCAUCGACGCCUUAAGGCCAAGGAGGGCGUUUCAGCCGAACCCACAUCGAGGCACUUCUGCCACGACCACAGGGUCCAUCACGUCUCCACGGAGAGACAGCGCAUCCGCAAAGACUCCGGCACUAAGAAACUGAUCAAUGAAGCCAUCAUGAACAAUGAUUUUCUGAAGAAGCUGGAGCCUCAGCACACUCGAGAGAUGGUGGACUGCAUGUACGAGAAAGUCUACAGCGCCGGUCAGCUGGUUAUUCAGGAGGGAGAGCCGGGGAACUACCUCUACGUGCUCGCCGAGGGUUUAUUAGAGGUCAUGCAAAAUGGAAAGCUCCUGGGUCAGAUGCGGCCUGGGACGGCUUUUGGAGAGCUGGCCAUUCUCUAUAACUGUAAAAGAACAGCCACGGUCAAAGCUGUGACUCAGUCCCACAUCUGGGCCCUGGACCGGCAGACGUUCCAGACCAUCAUGAUGAGAUCCACUCAGGCCAGACACGAGGAGUACUUCAGCUUCCUGCGCAGUGUGUCGCUAUUGAAAGAUUUGCCAGAGGAGAAACUUGCCAAAAUCAUUGACUGUCUUGAAGUUGAAUAUUUUGACAAAGGGGAGUACAUCAUUCGUGAGGGCGAGGAAGGAAACACAUUCUUCAUCAUAGCUAAAGGAGAGGUGUUUGUAACACAGACCACAGAAGGCUUUUCCGAACCACAGGAGAUUAAGACUCUUGGUGUGGGUGAUUACUUCGGGGAAAAGGCUCUCAUAAGCGAGGAUGUCCGCUCAGCUAAUAUCAUUGCAAAGGAAAAUGACACGCAGUGCUUGGUGGUGGAUAGAGAUAACUUUAAUCAGAUGGUGGGGACGUACGAGGAGCUGCAGGCGUAUCUGAGGGAGUACGUGGAGCAGCUCUCUCUGAGCGACGAGAGGAGGAACGCAGCGCCUCAGUCGCCCCUUCACGAGCGCUCUCCAGAAGCAACGGAGCUCCGGAGGCUGAAGGAGAAGGCCGUGGCUUUGUCCAGUAAAUCCUUCCUGAAAGAACUGCAAGUAGUGGCCACGCUAGGCAUGGGAGGCUUCGGACGAGUGGAGCUGGUCAAGCUUAAAAAAUCAGAAGAUGCAGCGUUCGCUUUAAAGUGUAUUAAGAAAAAGCACAUUGUGGACACCAGGCAGCAGGAGCACAUCUAUUCGGAAAAGGACAUCCUCCAACAGACCAAUUCAAACUUUGUUGUCAGGUUGUUCCGCACGUUUCGGGAUGAUAAGUAUGUUUACAUGCUGCUUGAGGUUUGCCUGGGAGGAGAGCUGUGGAGCGUGUUGAGGGACAUGAGUUGUUUCGAUGAGCCCACUGCCCGCUUCUGUACCGGAUGCGUGCUGGAAGCUUUCGACUACCUGCACUGCAAAGGCAUCGUGUACCGAGACCUAAAGCCGGAGAAUCUUCUUCUGGAUGGGGAAGGCUAUGUCAAAAUGACUGAUUUUGGCUUUGCCAAAAAGAUUGGACUGGGUAAGAAGACUUGGACGUUCUGUGGCACUCCUGAAUAUGUGGCUCCUGAGGUCAUCAUGAAUAAGGGUCAUGACUUUGGAGCGGACUGCUGGUCCUUGGGCAUCCUCAUCUUUGAGCUCCUGAUUGGCAGCCCUCCAUUCGCAGGCUCCGAUCCGAUCAGGAUCUACACUAUGGUCCUUCACGGAAUAGAGAAGGUGGACUUUCCCAAGAGGAUCAGCAAGCGGCCGGAGGAUCUCAUACGCAGACUUUGCAAGCUCAAUCCAGCGGAACGACUCGGGAAUAAAAAGAAUGGAAUCAUUGACAUCAAAAACACAACCGCACCUGGGAGUACACUGAAGCGCUGAUCCAUGUGUCUGGCCACAGGUAGUGUAUUGUUGAGUCUGUUUUGCUGCAGGCCUGUCUGUCCCCUCCUUUGUAUGUCACAGCACAAUGGGUAGCUGAGCCAGCCCGCCAGAUCAGCCUCCCCUCAUUCACAGGGGGAGUAAUUAGUGGCCAAAACGAGAGGCGCAGCUGCUGCCAUCUUCCACAGAGCAGUGAAGCCGCAGACAGCGAGAUGAAGCGCUGGGCCCGUCCUUUAACAGCCACGGGACCGACAGAGCCUAACAUGCGUGUGCGCUGAUGAUGCCCAGCGUUCAGAUGACAAUCAGCUGGGAGUUAUCACGCUUAUUACUUUACUAGCGUUCUGUGUUUCGCUAGACGCCGUUGUUUUUAUACUCAUUAUGCUUGAGCGUCCUUAUCACGCAGGCUGAGUGAUUUAGGUAACAUGCACACAAAGCGCACAAGAGCUCAACAUCAUUUGUAUUAUGUCGCCAAAUUAUGUUCAGAGCAUUAUGCAAACGAAGGCGCAAGCUCUUGAUACGGGCAUGAAUAUGCAUGUCCAGGUAACAAUGUGUCGUCAGAUGAGUGAGAUCCGAGAUGUACACUAUCGUAUGUUUGGGGGUUGGAUUUUUUAUUAUAUUAAUGCUUUACGUCACGGAGGUUGCACGGAAUCGAUCAAAAGCGACAGCGGACGUAUUUAAAUACAGAGAUUACUAUAAUUAAAAAAAUAAUAUGUCUGAUUUGAUCAGAAACAUUAGACAGCACUGCUGUUUUCAGUAUUGGUAAUAGUAGGACAUGGGGGGUGAUCAGCAUGUUAUAAUGAAUUCUGAAGGGUCAUGUGACACUUUCAUUUUAAAAUAUGUUCAUAAAGAUAACAGUUUUUUCAAAUUGUAAUAACAUUUGACAAUAUUACUGCUUUCGCUGUAUUUUUUAUCAAGUAAGUGCAUCGCUGAUGAGCAUUAGAGACAAAAAAAAUACAAAUCUUAUCAUGAUUCCAGAUAUCGAGGUUUUGAGCUCUUAAGAGCUGAGCUCCAGGGGCCGGGGGCUCCGAGGGACUCCUGCCCGGCUGGGUGCUUCCCUCUUGGACGGGGACGGUGGUGCGAAGGCCCUGGAGGAAUCUGGGAUCUGAAAAAAAUCAGCUUAGGUUUUGAACACUUAAAAUCUGAGCUCCAUGGGCCUUCUCGAGCGCAGGCAAGCCCUCUCAAACUAAAAUAACUCUGUCCAUGAAAACAUAAACUGUCUCCCCAGUCCACAAAAAUCUUCUCCGUUUGUACUUUUGCAAAGAGGAUAUUAUUAAAGACUAGUUGAAAAAUGGCUAAGCCCUCUGCUGGUGAAUAAGCUCUCAUUUCACAUGUGAGGAGAGCGCUUAUAUUUGUGUCUUACAUACGUGAGCAUAAAAACAUAAAAACGCAUGCAACGCUUUCUGACAAUAAAAGGGGAGGAUGUGCUAUACGACCCUUUAAAACAUGUCCUCGCUGGAAGGAUAGAGAUGGAGGAGGCUGAAGCCGUGAAUCGCUCUGCUGUGGAGGUUUACUUUGUUUUGUCUGCAGGUGGUUUCAAGGCUUUAACUGGGAAGGACUGAGGCGGCGCAGGCUGUCGUCUCCUCUGAGGAGAGAGGUGAAGCAUCAACUCAGCAGCUCUUACACGCCUCGCGUUGCUCUCCUACAGCUGCGCUAUUCUCCUCUGUUCGUUUUUGCAGCUCGCGGGACCCCUGGAUCACAGUCACUUCGACAUGUUCCCCCCUGAGCUUGAAGAACCCCCAGAUGAAUUCUCCGGCUGGGAUAAAGAUUUCUGAAAGAAGAGCCGAUAUAAAGCGGCAGCGUCUGGAGGAGACGUCUCAGCAUUACCUCAGUGUGCUUUCUGAAGCACUGUGCCACUGACUGACUUGUUCGGAUGGACAGGAAUCGCCACGCUUUUAAGUUAAAGAAGACAAAGUCGGAUGGUUAUUUCAGUGAUUUUUCAUUAUAAGUGGAUCAAUAAAUCACUGAUGCCUUAAAUCCGUCUAUUGAAUCUUAAGCACGUCUUUAAUGUGGAUGAAUCGCGUUCAUUUUUACAUUUUCUCAGCUUUUAUACCCUCUAAGUGUUUUGUGUUAACUCAAUACUGACGCUUAUAUCGUUACGUAAUCGGCCUUUUCGGUCUUUUUCAUUUGCUUAAGAAUCGGAUAUUGGCCGAAAAUAUGAUUUCAAGUCAAUAAAAAUGCCAAUAAAAAAUAUGGAUAAAAAAAAAAUCAAACAAUAAACAAAGCCGAUGUUGAAAUUAUUGUUCAUAACGCGAAUUUAAUAACAUUUAAUGAACAUA